AUGACUGAUUUUGAAUCUACCUACAUGGAGGAAUUUGAUAGCUCAGAAGAAGAAUAUGAAGAUGCUUUUAUUAUUGAUCCAAUGUUUCUUGAAAGCACACAAGCCUUAUUACAUGAUGACAAAAGUGAAGACAUUGACUUGGAUGAGAUUGAACCUGAAAAUUCUGAUCCCUAUAAUGAAAACUUCUCAAGAAUAGAUGAUGAAAUAGAUGUAGAAAUUGAAGAGAAUUCUAUGCGAAUUCUGAAUUUAGCAUCAUGUGUAAUUAUAGACAAUAUUCAAGGCGAGAUAAAUAAUGGUUGUACAAAACAUUCGUGGAAUGUCAAUGGAAGAAAUAUUCAAGCACCUUGCAUUGGUGUUUUUGACUGUCCAGCAUUUUCUGAGGGAUAUAUUGCAAAAAAGUCAUCCUCCAGUUAUCAUGCACAUUAUAUCUGCUCAGAAUACUUUCAACAAAACAGUGGGCAUCUAUAUGAAAGACCUGGUAAAGGCAAAGAUGCUAUAUCGUGCAUUAAGCAUGAAAAAUAUCGUAAUGAUAUAAGUGAUGCUCUAAGGCUUAUCGGAAAAUGGAUAAUAUCAGUAGCUGAGUCGGAUGAUCAUAAACUACAAGAAAGACUUUUAUCCCAAAUAUUCCUAGUGUUAAAUAUUAUUAAUGAUGAAACAAUAAAUAAAAAUUCAAGAUCAGAUGCAUCAAAAUCGAAUACAUCAAAAUUGGAUGCAUUAACUUCGGAUGCAUCAUUGUUAACUAUAGAAAAACCUUAUUUAACUCUGAAAAAGGCCUCGGUGAUGGGAGAAAAAGUAGGAAAAGAAAUUUUAUACUCACGUCCUGAAAUUAAAAAUAAUUUAAAUCAAUUAGAAAACCCAAGCUCAUAUAAUAACUAUUUCGAAGCAUUGCCUAUUAUUAUUCGUAGCUUCUUUCAAGCCCUUCUCAUACAGACCAUGAUGUUGAAAAUCAAGGCAGCCCAAAGCGAGAAAAAUCGUCUAUCAAUACUUCUCGCUGAAUAUGUUGACAAUGUUGUAAUGAGUCAAAAUUUUCAUGUGAUAAAGUCACGUAAAGAUUCACUUUGGUCACUAGUUGCAAAGUUGUCAUCCGCCUUUAACCAUCUGAAUCCUACAGCACACUAUCUGUUUGAAGAUGCAUCAAAAAUUAGCGAAGAGGGUAUUAAAAAUAUUCUUUCUUUCUAUGAAACUGGAAAAUCACGCUUUGAAGAAAUACUUGCGCAGGAUGUGUAUAAAACUGUGCUCUGA